AUGGAAACAUCACAAUUCGAUGCCACUUUAGGUGGUACAGAACAUCUACCAUUUUCUGCAAACAGCUUUAAGUUUACAGCUUCCAGGAGCAUUGAAAUUGCAGCUAUGUCUGAAAGCAUUCUUCGUCCAAGUAAAACUAAAUUAAUUUUUCAAACUCUUCCGGUUCAUAUGAGGCGAAGAGUAAUGAGUCAUAAUUGCAAACGUUUACCAAGAAAAUUACGAGAAGGCCACUUAGAACAGUUGAAAAAGAGCGGGCUACCUCCAAAACAGAAACGGCCAUCUAGGAAAUAUAGGCGACGACCGGCAAAUUUAUUAAACGAGUAUAAUAGACGCCAAAAGAAAAACAUUUGGCUAGAGACACACAUUUGGCAUGCAAAAAGAUUUCACAUGAUUGAGCGCUGGGGAUACCGACUUGCGGAUCGACCUUGUGACAAAGCCUUUCGAGCAUGUUACAGAGCAAGCUCCGCACAUUGUUUAUUACAAGAUAUUUCAUACUACACUCCUGUCCAAAUAACCGGUCCAGUGGAUGUUAUAGGUGAUAUGUUUAGUUGCAUUACAAGCAGAUCAUGUGGAAUAAGUGUCACUGCAAAAGCAUAUAUCACAGGAAAUAGAGAAGGAACAAUUCACAUUUAUAAACCAAAUUUUUAUCCACUUUGUUAUGUUGGAAAAGUUAGAUUUGUUUGGAUACAAAAUGAUGAUUCUAAAAAAGAGUUGUGGUUAUUUGUCCAUCCUUCUCAAAUUAAACAACUGGAGACAAUUUUUACAAAUUUCACUAAUCCUGAAUUAAGAAACUCAACUCUUGAACAUAUGGAAAAGAAAAGAAAAAUUUCAAGCAAAUUUUCUGACUUAAAUAUUAAUAUUAAGACUGGAAUAUUUAACAUAUUUCGUUUAACUGGUCCUAAAAGCCAAGCCGUUUUAAAUAAUACUAUAAAAUGUGUUACAAAUUUAAAUAAACUCCCUGAUAAAAACUGGCUUUCACAUAUUAGUAAUACUUCAUUUCUACAUAUAAAAGAAAAACAUGACUAUUGGGAAAAUGCAAAAUUAGCCAGUUCACCCUCACUGUUACCACCACAUGUAGUUAUUGGUUUAAUAAUAAAAGAUCCACGUCUCAGCAGACCAACAUAUAGGACUAAGGCACAAAACAACAACAGUGUACAUGUUAACACAGCAUUAUUAAUUGAAAUCCCACCUUAUCUUUCAUACUCGCCUAUUUGGAAUAUAAGCCUUCAUGAGCACAUUAAGAAAAAACAAAUGACCAAUGGUCAAUUCAUAGAACACAUAACAAAAACACAAUUAGUACCAGGCGAAAUUAAUGAGGACAAUCCAGAAUUACAAGAUGUCCCUGUAGUAUUAAUACAAAGACCUGGAUCACAAAUUGCAGUAUAUAAAAAAAUUGGUUAUGGAACUGGAUGGGAUAUUAUUGUCCCUGCAGGAUAUGGCCUUCCAUUUUGGCAAACCCUUAUAAUGUUUGGUGCUCGUUCUGGAGGUCUCCGCGAAACUGAAAGUGUUGCCUUUGAAAUGGGUGAGUGUUAUUUACCCCCAGACUCAGAUGCAGGAAGUUUAGAAGAGAAAAGAAUAGAAUUACAACUAAAAGAAAAGUAUUUUCGACGACCUCCAAGUAAAAGGGUUAAUUAUCAGAAAUUGGCUGUGAACAGCCCAUUUAUUUGUCCAUGGAAAAUUUUACUUAGCGAUUGGAGUAGCAAAAACGUUAAUGAUUUUUUUGUUUUACGGGAUAAACAUUUGAUAGAUAUAAUACAGGAUUGCUUUUUGGCUAAAAAGGAAAUUCCCGAUAUUGAUAAUGCGGAAUGUUGUUUGAUAGCUGUGCGCUUACAUACAUUAGGCAAAGGAAAUUUAAAACAACAUGCCCUAAUAUGUCUUCCCCAAAGUAAUGACGUUCAAACAAUCGACAACUUAUUCGAACCAUUACAUGAAGAUGUAAACGAAAAACUAAGAAAAGAGAAACGGAAAGAACAUCUGCAAUUUUUGAAACAAAUUAAAAGAAAGAGAAAAAAAGCAAAGAAAAGAGGAUCUAUGGUAAAUAAUACAUUCCCAAAAACAAGUAGCACCAAGCCAUCGGAAUAUGUUAAAAGUAUGAGGGAACUUUGGCUACCGUCUAAUGUAGAAACCGUACGCAACACAUGUUCAAGACCUAUAUUAGGCUAUUUAUCUCACGGUGCAUUUAGUUUCACUGAAGGAAAAAGUUUUGGAAUUGGUUACAUCGCAUUUAAUGCAUUGGUUGUUCUUCUAAAAACUGGGCAAAACAAAGUCCUUAUAAGAAAUACUACUUCGCGAAAAUAUCGUUUAGCAAAUGUUGAAUUAAUUAAAAAUGUCUAA